AUGGAGUCCUGGGCAAGGUGCAUUUUUCUUCUGCUGCAGCUGCUGCCAGGAGGCCAUGGGGAUGUGUUGCCUUCAGUGUGUGGCCAUUCCCGAGAUGCUGGGAAAAUCGUGGGUGGCCAAGAUGCACAGGAAGGACGGUGGCCGUGGCAGGUCAGCCUGUGGAUAGCUGGAGAGGGCCACGUAUGUGGGGGCUCCCUCAUCCACCCGGGAUGGGUGCUCACGGCUGCCCACUGCUUCCACAGGUUUAAGGAACCUAGCUUCUACCAGGUGAAGGUUGGCGGACUGAAACUCUCCCUUCUGGAGUCCCCCACAACCCUAGUGACUGUGAGGAGCAUCUUUGUGCACCCCAGCUACCUCUGGGAAGACACGUCUAGUGGAGAUAUUGCCUUGGUGCAGCUGGGCACGCUUCUGAAACCCUCUCAGUUCGCUCCCGUCUGCCUCCCGGAAGCCCAAGCUCCUCUCACCCCUGGGACUGUCUGCUGGGUAACAGGCUGGGGCUCUACCCAAGAAAGAGACCUGGCGAGUGUCCUCCAGGAGUUAGCUGUGCCUCUCUUGGACUCGGAGGAGUGCGAGAAGAUGUACCACAUCCCGGAGAGCAGCCAGUCAGGGAAGCGAUUCAUCCAGUCAGACAUGCUCUGUGCGGGCUACGCAGAGGGCCAGAAAGACUCCUGCCAGGGUGACUCUGGGGGACCACUGGUCUGUGUCAUUAACAGUUCCUGGAUCCAGGUGGGAAUCACCAGCUGGGGAGUUGGCUGUGCUAGGCCACUCAGGCCCGGCGUGUACACACGGGUGCCGUUUUAUGUAGACUGGAUUCAGAGAACCUUGGCAGAGAACCAUUCUGAAGCCCCCGGAGCCUCUGGGGCACUACUGAUGCUAGUGUUGCUGGCUGCAGCCUUGCCAGCUGCUCUGUGA